AGCACCACCUCUUCAGUUCGGUUCCAAACGCCUACGAUGAUACUUAACAGUACGAUUGGGAUUGCGGUAUUGACAGUGGACAACUCAAAUGUAAAUCGGAAUAAUCCGUUGUGAGUACGUGGAAAAAGUACAUUGAAACAGUUUCGACAGUGCGUCAUGGCGAGCGAUACAUUGUUACAUAAAAAUGGGGAAUAUUCCCAACCCGGCGAAGUGAAUCAUAUCCUGUCGAUGUACAAAGACGCAACCAUUCUGAUUACCGGAGGAACGGGAUUUCUCGGCAAGAUUCUGCUGGAGAAGGUGCUGCGUUGCUUGGAAGUGAGAAAAAUUUUCCUGCUGAUUCGCCGGAAGGACGAUUUGAGCGCCCAGGAACGGCUGGUCAAGCUGCUGCAGGAUGCGGUAUUUGAAAAUGUUCGCAGCAUCUACCCGUCCGAGGUGCAGCUCUUCGCCAAAGUGGAAGCCGUGCAAAUGGAUCUGGAUGGCGAAACGCUACUCUGCGACGCGGAUUCUGCCACCGACGAGCAACGGUUGCUACAGGAAACGGAAAUCAUUUUCAACGUACUGGCCUCGGUUAAAUUUAACGAAACCAUUCGCAAUGCACUGAGCACCAACGUUGGAGGAACGCGAAAAGUGCUCCAAUUGGCUCAAAGGAUGACACGUUUGCGGUCGGUGGUGCACGUUUCGACGCUAUACUCCAACUGCAAUCGGGUGGAAAUAGAGGAGAAAAUCUACGAUGACCUACCGCUUCGACAGGAAGUGGCGCUACAGCUCAUCACCACUCUCACGGAACAGGAAAUGGAACGUUUUCAGCAUUGCUGUCUCGGACCGAUGCCUAAUACAUACACGUUCAGUAAAAAGUGCGCGGAAGUUAUGAUUCGUGACGAGUUUGCCGAGCUCCCGAUAGGAAUUUUUCGCCCUCCUAUAGUGAUUUCCACUUACCGGGAACCGCUCCCGGGCUGGACGGACAAUCUGAACGGACCAACGGGUUUGUGCAUGUGGACCGUCAAAGGGCUGAUUCAUACGAUUUGGGGCGACGCCUCGAAGCGGGCCAAUUUGGUUCCGGUGGAUUACUGCGUAAAUGCCAUAAUCGUUGCCGCGUACGACAUCAUGAUGAGACACCGAGACGAUAGCCAACAGGAAUGUGGAAUUUCUACUACUUUGGUGCAAAAGGAUUCGAGGAACUCGGGAGACAUUUUGCCGACAUACAAUUACAUGUACCAGGAACACAGUCUCACUUGGGGACGCUACAUGGCGAUGGCUUCGCUCGGUUUCGAGAGCCGUAUUCAUCAGAUGGUGUGGAAAUACACCUACUGCAUCACUGCCUAUCGACCUCUGUUCCGGUUAAUGUCGUUCUGUUUGCACUCGAUCCCGGCCAGGCUACUGGACUUGGUACGCAGAAUUCGACGCAAGAAGCCCUUCUACUGCAACGCGAUUAGGAAGACUACUCACUUUCUGGAAAUGAUGUCUUACUUUGGCCUCCGGGAAUGGACCAUUGGCAAUGGAAAUGUGAGGCGCCUGCGGUCAUUGCUGUCUAGCGAAGAGGCCCGUCUGUUGGAAUUCGAUAUGGGGACCAUCGACUGGGUGGAGUACUUUCGGAAUUACAUACCUGGUAUUCGGCGCUACUGGUUCAAGGAAAAAGCUGCCGGUGGAGAUCGUUGGAAAUGCGCAGCCAAUCGAAGGUUCCACUUCAUGCAGCGGUUGCUCCAGAAGCUGAUAUGGGUUUGGAUUUGCCUACGCUUCACCCGGAUGACAUCCAAAUUCGUCCUUAGGAACUUGUUUGCCAUCCUGAUAGCGUAAUAGUUUGGAACACGUCACAGCAUCCGCGUCACUUCUACGUCUUGAGUGUCGGAAUCGAUUAUCACCCGCUGGUGUCGUCAGUUCGCUUCAGUUGAGCUUCAUUUCCCAUAUAACUUUUUCGAUGAAUUAGUGCACGAACGCAUUCUAUUGUGAUGGAAUUAAUUAGGAAUUAAUUGACAUCAUUUUAUAAUAAGAUCAUAACAGUUCAACGUAUACUUAGUGAUAUUCGAUAAAUGUGUUUAAAAAUAUACAUAUCAAAUUUGAAGCAUCAUA